UCCUGCUUCUCUACAGGCUGCAAUGACACUAGUUAGGCAGAAAAAUAUGAGUCACUGAAAUAUGCCGAAAUAUUUCUUCGCAGGGAAUCACCAGAACAAGAAAGGACGAGUAAAUUAUAUUUUGUGGUGUAUUUUUGAAAAAGGCGAAUGGAAGAGCCCCACUGAAAAUCACCACAGAUGGCGUUUAUGUCCAGAUUUUCACGGUCACGAAGCAACUCCAGGUCUCCGAGCAGAAGGGAGUCAGAUAAAGGGUCACCUGUUCUAACCAUUUCUGAACUUGAGCGCCUUCUUUACACGGGAAAAACAGCUUGUAAUCAUGCGGACGAGGUGUGGCCAAGGCUUUACAUUGGCGACCAGGACAUUGCGUCAGACCGACGGGAGCUUAUAAAGCUCGGGAUCACGCACAUCCUCAACUGUGCUCAGAGCAAAUGGCGAGGCGGGGCGGAGUACUAUGAGGGCAUGAACAUCACCUACCACGGCAUUGAGGCCCACGAUUCUCCAUCCUUCGACAUGAGUGUCAACUUCUACCCCGCCGCAGAGUUUAUUCAUAAAGCACUCAGCAUGGGAGGAACGGUGUUGGUGCACUGUGCAGUGGGGGUGAGUCGCUCAGCCACUCUGGUGCUGGCCUACCUUAUGAUUCGACAGAACAUGACUUUAGUAGAGGCCAUAAAGACUGUCAAAGACCACCGUGGAGUCAUCCCCAACCGUGGCUUCCUCCGACAGCUCAGUGGCCUGGAUAGUAUUCUCCGCGCCAGCCGAAACGCAACAUAAAACCACUGGUAAAGUUUGAACUUCCACUCCGAAACCAUUGCCUUGGCCAGCGUGUGAUUUAUAACAAUGGUACGAGUGUAAUACGUACAGUACAGUCAUUCCCACUGUUGUCCUGUGAUCAGUAGAAAUGCCUUACUACAUUAAGACCUCCUGAGGUGUGCAUACAGCCUUAUCCAGUACUAACCUUUCACCCUCCGCUCAAACGACCACGUCACUGAGCACUACUUGUCAGUUCAUUUUUAUUUUUCUUUGAGUGACAGCCACAAAGGAGCCCCCAAAGCAAAAUAGAGUGACAGCUGUCCUGUGCGGGUCAAGCAGUCUUAAUGCUAUAGCAGUGUAUUUGAAAAGGCUCUGAAUUGUCUCAUUAUCAAAGUAACAUGCUGGAAGGUUUGAACUGUCAUAAUAUCCAAAGAUAUACAAAGUAUUAAAGAGUAAACAAGUGUGGAACCACCACACUGGAUGGACGUAACUUCUCUAUAUCUUACAAAAGAUUAUAGCGCUUAAGGAUACUGACUAUAAGCUGCUUAUUCAGCUUUUAAAAAUUGCACCUUUAUUUUAUGACCAGCAAAGUUAAAGGAAUUCUCCAGCACUUUAACCAAAUCUGUAUCUACUGCAUCAAUAACCUAUGACUGACAGGCAUGGACAAACAUUUUGAUGUGUUUCCUUUCACUGAUAAAAGAACAGAAACCAGUUAAGUCUUAACAUACCUAUAACAGAAGCCGGUAGGCAGUUUCUGAAUUCCAUCAGUUGUUUUUUGACACUUUCAUGAAUUCUCCAGUCAAAAGUCAUCAGUACAAAUACAACUUAUUCAUUUUUCAGAGGCAGGAAAAAAGCAGAAAACAUAUAAAUAAUGUAAAAUUACACAAAAGCCUCAACAGCUAAAUAUAAUGCAAACAAUUUGUCUUGAGAACAGCUUCCAUUCCUUUUGGAGGCCUGUUUUCAGUUGUUCAAAGAAAUCUGCAGGGAUAUUUUUUAACACCUCCAAAGUUCAGUCUUAAGCCUAGUUUUACCAGAGGAGAGCCGGAAACGUAAUUUGUGUGUGAUUUGACAGGCCCAUUCGUACGGCAUCAAGGAUCUCUGUAAUCUCCCUAAAUUACCUCAAAUAGUCAGAGUCGAAAAAUCAUCACGUGGAUGUUGGCUUCAGCAUUUUCAGUCAAAAAUAAACCACAAAACUUAAGCGAUGUGUUAGUGUAUCGUUGUAUUUGAGUUGUCUUCUAACGGUAGAAGGAUGGACAGAAACACCUGUUCGUUUGUUCAUGUAUGAAGCAAGAGUGGAGCUUGAUUUUCUCAAGAUGAAAGCUUGAAGUACUGUCUAUCUGAAGGAGAUGGUCUUGGUGGUCUACCAGGUCUUGCACAGUUGUUAGGGGUCCCAUUCUCAUGUCUAUCUCAUCCUAAGACCUGUAUUGUUAACAUAAUGUGUGUCAGGGUAGUAGUUUUGAAUUCAUUACAUACAGUUACAUAUUUCAAAUGUUUAUUCAAGGAAUUCAGGAAGUGCUUCCAAUGGCUUUAGAGUUAACAGGUUACCUGUUCAUUUACUAAAUACAGCGGAACAUGUUGAAAGUAUUGUCCAUGGAAUUUGAUGGUACAAUACAGAUGCAGCAGCUUGAGAUUAGGUUGAAAAACGCUGCCGUAUUCCUUUAAGAUACAUUGAAUUAUGACAUGAUGUAACGACAUGAUAUAAACAUCAUUUAUGCAACUAUCUUGGUGUCUUGCAGCUCUUAAUGUAGCAGUAAUGUGGCACCCUUUUGUACUGGGUGCAUGCAAUAUGACACAGAUCUGCAGCAACACUCCGUAUCUAACACUUCUUGCUAUAAAGCAAUGAAGUAUCAGUUACUACGUUCAGUUUGCUCUUGAAAUCACCAGGAAAUGUGAUUAACAAAGAAUUUUAUAAUAUUUUAUGUGUAAUUGGUUUACAGUUAGAUUUGUCCUACUGUUAAGUAUUCAAUGUAAUGCUAAUUAUCAGGCUACUACAAGUUUUACUUGUUUAGUAUUUGUUUAUUUCUUAAAGUCACCAAAACAAAAAAAGAAAUCUUAAAUAUGAAAUAAAUGUAUUAUUUAAUAGCUUGGACUUGAAUUUGUAUUACAACUUUAGGAGCUGGGACCACAAAAACCCUGUAUGUCAAUAAGUUGAACUCUACUGCACACCAAUUUGUGUCUUAUGAAUAGUUUCUCUGCACUCUUUACCAUCUUAGAGAGAAACAGAUUUCAUAGACCCUGUUUACACCUGGUUGGUUCAUGUGACGUGUAUCUGGAGUGUAACUUGGCUGAGCCUUUAACCACAUAUAGUUACACUUGGUAGUCAAACCCAUGUACUGUUAGGCAGAUUUAAAUCUGAUUGUAACAAAUCGUAUUCAGAGUGUUAGAGGAGGGUCAGCGCUAAA